UGCCCAUUCCAACCGUUCAUUCCCACCCAAUUUUCUUCCCGAAAUUUCUUCAUUCUCCUGCUUUCCCAAAUCCCUUUCUUCAACCUCUGUCGUUUUGAUAAAGUUUUCACCAAAAAAAACAGACCACGAGGAGAAGAAAAAACACGGAGGAAGGUCGAUGAUGGCGGCGGCGGCGGCGGCUGCGGCAGUGAGGCUAGGAGGUUCAGAAACCUUUUUUAUUGGCCCCCAAACUCAGCGAUGUCAAAUGAAAAUGAUGGGUAUGCUUCUUCUUCUAUCUCCAACCACUUCAUCACUGCUGUCUAGCAACCACUCCAGCUCCAUUUCUUCUUCUAGCACUAGCACUAGCAGUAGCAGUAGAGAUAAACACAAACAUGAUGAUGCUUCUUCUUUUAGAAACAUUGAUGAUGCCCUUGCUUCUUUCAAUCACAUGCUUCAUAGGGAACCCCUGCCCUGUAUCAUCCAAUUCACUAAAUUAUUGUCUGCAAUUGUCAAAAUGGGACAGUAUUACGGUGCUGUGAUUUCUCUUUCCAAACAAAUGGAAUUAGCUGGGCUUUCUCCUGAUAUUUAUACUCUUUCUAUCUUGAUUGAUUGCUUCUCCCACUUGCAACGUGUCGAUCUUGCCUUCUCUGUCUUCUCCAAAAUGAUUAAACUCGGUCUUCAACCCGAUGCUGUCACAUUUAACACCUUAAUCAAUGGGCUCUGUAAAGUUGGUAAAUUUGCCCAAGCCGUGGAAUUCUUUGAUGAUUUUGAGGCAAGCGGGUGUCAACCUACUGUCUACACUUAUACUACGAUUAUCAAUGGCCUAUGUAAGAUCGGGGAAACUACUGCGGCUGCUGGAUUGUUUAAGAAAAUGGAAGAGGCAGGCUGCCAGCCGAAUGUGGUGACAUACAAUAUACUCAUUGACAGUCUUUGCAAAGAUAAGCUGGUGAAUGAGGCUUUAGAUAUUUUCUCUUAUAUGAAGGCUAAACGCAUUUCCCCUGAUAUUUUCACUUACAACUCUUUAAUCCAGGGCUUAUGCAAUUUCAGGCGAUGGAAGGAGGCUUCGGCAUUGCUAAAUGAAAUGACGAGUUUGAAUAUCAUGCCAAAUAUUUUCACCUUCAACGUGCUAGUUGAUGCAAUUUGUAAAGAAGGCAAGGUUUCAGAGGCUCAAGGAGUGUUUAAAACAAUGACUGAAAUGGGUGUGGAGCCUGACGUUGUUACUUAUAGUUCUUUGAUGUAUGGAUAUUCCUUGCGGAUGGAAAUUGUUGAAGCUAGAAAGCUGUUUGAAGCCAUGAUAACCAAGGGUUGUAAACCUGAUGUUUUUAGUUAUAACAUCCUAAUUAAAGGAUACUGUAAGGCCAAAAGGAUAGAUGAGGCCAAGCAGCUUUUUAAUGAAAUGAUUCAUCAAGGUUUAACUCCGGACAAUGUUAACUACAACACUCUUAUUCAUGGCUUGUGCCAGUUAGGCAGACUUCGGGAAGCACAAGAUCUUUUCAAGAAUAUGCACUCUAAUGGCAAUCUCCCAGAUUUAUUUACUUACUCGAUGUUGCUUGAUGGGUUUUGCAAAGAAGGGUAUCUUGGUAAGGCAUUCAGACUGUUUCGAGUAAUGCAAACUACUUACUUGAAGCCUGAUAUAGCAAUGUAUAACAUCCUGAUUGAUGCCAUGUGCAAAUUUGGGAAUCUUAAAGAUGCAAGGAAACUGUUUUCAGAACUCUUUGUCCAAGGAUUGCUGCCUAAUGUUCAGAUAUACACUACAAUAAUAAAUAAUCUUUGUAAAGAAGGGUUGUUAGAUGAAGCAUUGGAAGCUUUCCGAAAUAUGGAAGGGGAUGGCUGCCCUCCGGAUGAAUUUUCUUAUAAUGUUAUUAUUCGAGGAUUUCUCCAGCACAAGGAUGAAUCAAGGGCAGCACAACUUAUUGGAGAAAUGAGAGACAGAGGUUUUGUUGCAGAAGCGGGGACCACAACUUGGUAGAAGAUCUGUUUUCUAAUGAAGACAAUCUUGUUCUGAAGGAGUAUCCAGGAUUAUGUGAAGUUCGUCAUGGUGAAAAGAAGUGCUUCGACUCAUGCAGACUGUUAUCAGCGGCAGGUGCAAUGCUGGCAGAAUAUGCAAUUAGAAUUUUUGACAAGAUAUGUGAACAUGGAAUCACUCCUAAUUUGAAGACUUCGGAGACCCUGAUUUGGGAUUUGCUGAAGCCAAGCAGCCAUGAAAGGCAGAAGAAAUUCUCCAGGUUACGACAGAAUUUGAGGUUCAGCCUGAGAAAAAGACCAUGUUGCUUGUUACUGAAGCAUGGCGUGCUGCUGGAAUGACAGAAGAGGCAAGUAGAAUGCUUGGUACAAUAAACAAAAAAGAAAUGACCAGCCAAAAAGAGAAUGGAAAAUCAAAUACCAGUAGGAAACCUAGAGAAACUGCAUCAAAAGCAAACAGCAGGUGUCCCGUAUUCCAAUAUCUUGCAGAACCCAAGUACAGUUACAAGUGACCAUAAAGGGUCUCCUGCAACUCAUAGAAAAAGGCAGGAUGGUGUUGAGAGAUGAUGAUUUUUCAGUGGAGUGCUCUUGGCUUGCCACAAGAAACAUGUCGCUUCCUCAUAGUUGUAGAUUUUGGGUGAGGUUACCAAUUAUUUGGCGCAAGCAUUCUCAAGCACAGCCUGGUCUGUCUGGCCAGCUUGCACAGUCAUGUACAGCGGUGUUCUUGAACUGAAGGAAAGCCAAAUACUGUUUUCUUUUGGUGUAUUUAUGUCCAUAUCUCCUAAAAGAAUUUGCCAUCAUACUGUUGUAUAUAGUUAUAGGAAUAUAUUUUGCUUUGGGGCUUGCUGCCUUGUAUCUACUUAUAAUUCGUUGAUAACCAUGAAGCAGAAGGAAAGGCGAGCUCUUCAUUGCUUUUUAACA